GCAGGGAACACAGAACAACAUGUUGCACUAAAUUCAUACUGGACUCCGAACAAAAGCUUUUGUAUCAUUUCUGAGCUUUUUCUUCACCGCAAGGAAAUGUUCUAAGGUUGUUUCCAGUGGCAGCAGCAGCUUCAGACCCUACUAGUUGUGUUUUUUAAAGUUGAUCCUAGCAUAGUGUUGCUAGCGGCGGUCUGGACUCUUGUCGCUGGGCUUCAAGUUUGUGGUUCAGCAUGAGGACGGAGGAGCAGCGGGACCGGAGGGCGGCGGGGCGGCUCCGGAUCAAAGGCUCCUUCUGACUGAGCGUGUCUGUGAAUGGGACGGUGUGUUUUGAUUAAGAAGGGUUUGUGUAGCCUUCCGCCAGGGGGGCAGCGGUCCGACCGGCGGGGAGGGACACGGCGGAGGGACACCUUACUGCCCUGCUCCACACAAAUCGGACCACUUGGGCUUCAUAUGAGGCCACUUGGGGAGAUUAAAAGGCCUGCAGCUCUGUUGCCGCUGGACCGCCAACAAAAGAAAUAAGUGUUGCUUCUGCCAUUGAAGUGUUGUGGUGGCAGCAGACACUGAGAGUGAAAAGUUAGAGACCCAUUCAGAUGCAACAAUUUUGGUCAUUCUGUGUAUUUUUUUUUAGCCAUUUUGUGUCUUUGUAACCGAUUUUGUGUCUUUUGGGGUCAUUUUUUUUGUCAUUUUGUGUCUUUUUUAGUCAUUUUGUGUCUUCUUCUGUGUGUUUUUUUUGUCGCAGCAGACACAGUGUGAAGUGAGAGACAGCUUGGUCUCUAACUUCAGUCAAAGUUGACUAAUGAGCUCUGACUUUAGCGCUGCUCACGCGCGCCCGAGCAUUUACGCGCGCACACAUACACACGCGCUCCCUUUGUUGUGAAGUUUCUCUCAGUUGAAAGUCUGCCAUUUUUAAUUGUCUGACAUAUUGUCUAAGUGGAUGUGUGAGGAUGGUGGAGAGCCGGAGCUGUGUCCAGAGGGAGGGGGUGUACCGCUGGUUCUCCUCCCUCUCCUCGGCCCAGAGAGCAGAGCUCCUGUGCGGCCUUCUGGACCUCUGCGUCCCCAUUGAGCUCCGCUUCCUCGGCUCCUGCCUGGAGGACUUGGCACGCAAGGACUACCACUCCCUCAGGGAUGCGGAGAUCAAAGCCAACAACCCCACUGACCUCUCGGGCCUCACCAACAUCACGGACGAGGUGGUGCGCAGCAAGCUGCUGGUGUCCCUCGCCCUGCUCGGCUCGGACAACAGGGAGGCGGCGGGGGUCCUGUACCGGACUCUGACUCACAUAGACACGGUGAUCAAUAACUACGGGUUGGCGCUGAACGACGGGAGGACCGAGGAGCAGUUCCUCUUACUCUUCACCAUGGCCUCUCACCACCCGGCCUUCAGCUUCCAUCAGAAACAGGUCCUGAGGCAGCAGCUGAGCCAGAUCCAGGACGUCCUGCAGGUGAGCAAAGGAGGAGGAGGAGGAGGAGAGGCUCAGGCAGCAGGCUGUGGCGGGGAUCGAGCCGCUGCGUGUCACACUCAGCAACAUCACCAUCAUCACCAUCACACCGUGUCCCUGCCAGUCACCUCCCUGUCCCCCGCUGCCUGCUCCCUGCCUGAUGCCAGUGCUGCCUACCUGCCUCUGUCUGCCUGCCAGCCCUGCCACACACACUGCACCUGCUGGCACAAGGGCCAGACCAGAGAAGCUGGGACAGUCUCAGGCCUGGGCUCAGGGGUCACCGUGGAACGACGAGACCAAGCGGUCAGCCAGGACCUUACCCCACCUCACCCGGACCUCCCUCCUCCACCUCCACCUCCCCCUCCGCCUCCUCCUCCUCCUCCUCCUCUUCCUCCACCUCCUCCUCAUCUGCCUCCUCCUCUAACUGCUGGACAGGGCCAGGACGCAGCAGCACCAACCAAGAAUCAACUAGGGAAAGCAGGAAAAGUGAUGAUUGAGAGGCUGGUGCUGAGAGGAGUGACACACAAGUCUGAAGACACCAGUGAAUAUGUCUUUGAGGCCAGCUGGUCAGAUGGUUUGGUGUCAUCCGUUGUGAGAACUCAGCAGGAGGUGACAGAGCUGCUGACCCAGCUGUCACAAGCAUUUCCUGAUGACGGAGUGGAGAAAAUCCUCCCUCAGUCCAUCGAGCUGCACCCCAGGUGUCUGACAGCCCUGCCCUGCCAUGUCCUCCAGCACCACAGCGUCCAGCUGUUCUUCACUUCCACCAGGCCUCUCUCACCCAACUGUCCUGCCUCCCUCCCCUCUCCUCUCCCUCCAUUACCCUCCUCCCUUCCUACGGCUCCUGUAGCCCCGACCUGCCCCUUCACCUCCAGCUCUAAUGUGGGCUGUAUGGUUCAGUACAGAGGAGCCAACAGGGCGGUCUACAGAGUGGCCAGCGUCCAGCCCGUCGUCAGCACCCACAGCUCUGUCUUGACCCGCCCCUCUCCUCACCUCUCCAGCCUCCCUCCCCCUCUUCCUCCCUCCAUUCCUCCUCCCCAGCACUCCCCCCAUCUGUCCUCCCUCCCUCCCUCUGUGCCCGCGCUGCCGACUCAGUGCUCCCUGGCCGGCGGAGGGGAUCCCUCCUCCCAGCCGCACCCACAGUCACACUCCUACUCUCAGCACCACCUUCAUCCACAGACCGCCAGUCAGUCCAGCACACAGUCCCUGCACCUGUCCCACUCCCAGCCCACGUCCCACUCACAUUCCCAGUCCCUUUCAUACCCCCAGUACCAUUCGCUGUCUCGGUCCCAGUCCCAUCCACAGGUACUAUCCCAGUCCCAGCCCAACACUCCAGAGCAGAACGGCAUCCUGGACUGGCUACGCAAGCUACGGCUCCAUAAGUACUACCCUGUGUUCAAACAGCUCACCAUGGAGGAGUUUUUAGCUCUGACAGAGGAGGACCUGAACAAGUACGACCUGACGCAAGGAGCAAAGAAGAAACUCAAGACUCAGCUAGAGCUACAAAAGACCCAACUGGAUAUACAAAAAGAGAUGAAGAUGGAGAAGAGGACCUGCAGCGGCAUCGCCAGGGUGACGCCUUCCAGUCACAUGGGACCCUCAACACAUCCCACCUCCACUGCAGGAGAGCUGCGAGUGGAGGUGGACGCCAUGCCACACCAUCACCCCGUGUCAGCAGACAGCAGCUCAUCCUCAGGAUACUCCAGCUCCUCCUGCUCCCCUCGGACACCCCUCUGCUGUGACUCCACCUUCGACAGGACCAGAGACAUCCAGAGGCGUGUGUCAGGUCCAGACGCAGCAGGAGGGGGUCCCGAGAAGGACCGCUCCUGUCUCUUCAUCCUGAACUCCAGCUGCCCUGCAGGCUCCAGUCGCCCCACAGCCCAGGUUCUACCAGUCCAAACGGAUCCAGCUCCUCUCCACCCUCCCUCCUGCUCCUCCCACCUUCCGCUCAGCGUCCCGCAGUCUCCUUACCAUCCGCAGGCCAGUUACCCCCAAACCCUGCUGUCCCCGGUCUCAAACCCAGCACGCAUCCUGACUUCCCCGCGUAAGCCCCGGCCCCCUCCGCUGUGCUCAGAGGAGCGGACUAAGCCUCUGGGCUCGGGGCUGCCGGUGGCUGCUGCUGGCUUCAGUCCCGGGCUCAGCGUGGGGAUGGGGGUGAGGCUCGAGAGCCUGUUCCCUGGUCUGAGCAUGGACCGCUCCUCCACGCUCCAGGACUCGCUGGUUUGCCGCGGCCUGGCGGGAGCUGCUGUGGGUCUGAUGGUAGAAACCAGUUCUGCUCUGACCUCCACCUCCAACAGCCUGCACCACGUCUCCCACCCCCCGCUGCACUUCCACCUCUCGUCCUCUUCAUCCCCGUCUCCGUCUGGAUACUACUCCUACCCACCUACUUCUUUCUCCUCUUCCUGUCCCUCCGGAAAGUCCGGCUCGCAGUCUGGCAGUUGCAACAGUGCCGGUGGCUUUGUUCCCAUGGCAACUGCAGGCAGCGUUCCUGUUGCCGCAGUGCCCGGCAACACUUACUACCCGGCCCAGCCGACGUCUAGCCCCUCUCCUUCCCCUUCCUCUGCCCCUUCAUUGGAUCAAAGUUCAGGUCACAGCCCCUCCAUGUGUGUUUGCAGCUCCUGCGGUUGUCGGGGGAACUGUGGCGCCUACGGGGCGUUGCCUGGAUACGCAGCGGCUGGCUACCUGCAGCCGUUCUCCGCCGGCCCCUCGCUCUUCACCCUGGGGCCUCUGCUCCACCUCAGUCCCCUGAUAGCCUCGUCCAGCACGGCAGGCAGUGGAGCGGCACCCUUCUCCUACCCGAUGAUGGUGCCGCCGCCCCUCUACCGCCACAGCCCCGUGUCACAUGACCAGCAGCAGGCCUUUGCCUUCUACCAGCCCCAUGGCAUUGUGGGAAACGGAAGCCAGAAACGGACAGCAGGGAACCUUUCAUGUUAUAACUGCGGCACCAACGGACACAGAGCAGAAGAGUGUAAACAGCCGGCCAUGGAUUCAGCACAAGGGACAUUUCGACUGAAGUACACUCCUCACUCAGACAGUAAGGACUCAGGGGACUAACCAGCAGAUUCACCAGCUGAUUUGAACUGUCAUACUCCUGACACAACUGUACCUCAUCACCUGCUGGGGCUAGUAGUCACAGCAGCCACAGACAUGCUGCCUCUGGGUACAACAAGGCAACGUGAGUCUGUUCAAAGACUGCUGAUGUGAAAGCACAGACCCAUUGUGUCUUUUCUAAUUCUUUAACAGCAGCUUACAGAGAGGAGGACAGAAGAGAAACAGAUUGGCGAGAAGAGAAGUAAAGAGGAGCGGUUGUCACAGUCUGUGUCGUCAGAUUUCAUCCUUCAGUUCUCUGCAAAUAAAAAGCUGAAGAUCUGUAAGCACUGCCUCGCUUCAUUUCAGAGACGUAGCUGGAACUCUGCCUGUCAUGUUACCUAAGGUGCAAUACGAGAAAAGACUUUCAGAAUCUGCGAAAUGACUCAGCAUUUCAAGUCUUUUAGGUAGUUCACAAACCGAAGACGCAGCACUCCAGUAUCCUAAUAACUUCCUGGGCACUGAGUCAAGUAUAUUUCUUGUUGUCUCAAUUCUUGCUCUCACUGUGAUGGAUUGUAUACCUUGGUUAUAUGCCCAGCACCGCUGUUGUCUUCCAUCUGACUCAAUCUGCUUAUAUAGAACUUGUCAUACAAUUCAAAGUCUGGAUACUUUUUUUUUUUUUUUUAAGUGUUUUUUUCGCACAGUAUGUAUCAGGUUUGGAUCACUGCUGUCGAGAGAUAGCAUGUGAAGCACAGGAGAGUCCAUUUAUUAGGGCUGCAACUAACAAUUAUUUUCAUUAUCGAUUAAUAUGACGAUUAUUUCAACGAUUAAUCGAUUAGUUGUUUGGUCAAUAGAAUGUUGAAAAAUAUCAAUCAGUGUUUCCCAAACCACAAGAUGACGUUCUCAACUCUCUUGUUUUGUCCACAAACCAAAGAGAUAUUCAGUGUAUUAUCAUAAAGGAACAAAGAAACCAGAAAUAUUCACAUUGAAAAAGCUGAAAUCAGAGAAUUUGGACUUAUUAAAAACUUAAAAACUGCUCAAAUCAAUUAUUCCAUUAUCAAAAUAGUUGACAAUUUAUUAACCGGUUAUUGUUCAAUUAAUCGAAUAAUUGUUGCAGCUCUACUAUAAAUAAAUUGUACACAGUAUAUAUAUUCAUGUUUAUAAUUUAUUGUUUGUGCAGCUCGAAAUCAACACUUUAAAAAAAAAAUGUAUACCAACAUCAAAGGAAAUCAAAAUUACAUUAGAACAUGCCAAUUAAAGUUCACAAUCCACUGUUUUAAUUGGGUGGCAACCUCUAGUGGCUGCAUUGCAUAUGACAGCUGCAAAGGAAGGACUAAGGUGAAUUAAUAUAAAGAGUGACACAGUCCACAGAGGAAGGAGGCCAUUGAUGGAUCAAAUAAACACAGUUCAUUGACCCAGAAGACCACAAUUCAUGUCCCAUGUGAAAUCAAAAGUCAUCAUUGAAUUAAAUGUCAGCUUUGCAAAUUUUAUAUGUGGAUGGGAAUUCACUACACCAGGGGUUGGCAACCUUUACUAAUAAUAGAGCCAUUGUUGGCCAAAAUAAGAGAAAAACAGUCAGAAUGCAGCCACAAGCCUUAUUUUGAGCCUUAGAAUGAAGAUAAAACAGCCUACUAAGUCUAAAUUAGUCUACCAAGAUUAAUAAUAGGCCAUAAUGAGCAUUUAUUAAAAUGAUUUUGUCAGAAUGCAGCAAGGACCCAAGUGUAAAUCAUAGGCUGGAAACCAAAGAAAUGUCUCAUAUCAGGAGAUUUGGAAUCAAAAGCUAGCCAAGCGAGGAAAAUUCAUAACAACACUUGAAGUUGGCAAAAUGUAGUGGUGACGGCGCCAGGCCAUAGACUUUUAUAAGCUAUGAAGCACAUUGUAGUUGACUAAAAUGUUUUGAAACAUUUUACUGGCAUAUAUCACCUACACAUUUUUACAAUUGACAAAUACACAUUUUUUGGGCCUACACCAAUGAUGAAUUACAUUUAAAAUGUAAAGAAAUAAACAUUUUGUAUAAUUUUUUUGUUACCACCCCAGGGAACCACUGCAGACGGCCUGAAGAGCCACAUGUGGCUCUGGAGCCGCAGGUUGCCUACCCCUGCACUACACUAAAGUUUAAACUCUAUAAACUAUACUCUGAGAAACACUUUUGAGUAAACAUUUGUUGUUAUUUUACAAAAAAAUCCACAGGUAGCUUUAAGAGAAUUGUAAAUGAUUGAGUUACUGGAUCCCCCAAAGGAAUCACCUGGAGAAGGUGGAUUCUUUCAGGACCUAUUGCCCCACAACUGAUCCGGUGGUCCAGCCACAUACAGAUUAAAAGUGACGAUGUAUUCAGGUGCUUCCAGGUCGACUUAAGUAUUUUGUUCAUGACCACGAUGUGGCAUUAAAAGCCUGUGUAGAAACCAGUGAGAAAAACAAGGAUGACAGUACAAGUUUCAAUCCAGCAGAAGAUGGCUGACAGUCACAAAGUGAAUCUUUUGGUGAAGAAAUGGACAUAGAGAAUCUAACAUUCAUCAUAGAAGUGUGUGUGUGUGUGUGUGUGUGUGUGUGUGUGUGUGUGUGUGUGUCCAUGUGCUCUCCAUCACCAUAAGUUUCAAUUUUGGUAGGAGCCACUUCAUCAAGAUUGUGGAUCAGAGAUGGCACCCAUAUAAAAUUUAUGAGAACCAAUAUAUCUUCCAAGCCAUUUAGAAGGUCAGUCUUGGUGUCAAAAAAUACAUUUUCUGGGUCAAAGUAUCAUUGAAAACUGUUGAGAAUAUCACUAGAUGAAGAAACUCCUUCACCAGUGCCCGGAGCUAAAUCCGUCACCUUUGGGUGAUCUGCAGACUCUCUACCUCUGAGCCAACCUGAGAGCUAAAUACUGCUCCUCUAUACCACCAACACAUAACUGCUCCUCUGUACCGAGACAAUCAGAAUGAACACGAAAUAUUUUCAUAAACUUUUUGUCAAUACAGAAUAUCUUUUUAUCUUUGAUUUUGGACUUUUAAAAAGUACCAUUUUGUUUUCAGGUCAGUUACAUGAUGUUUUAUUUUUCAUGUUGUUGAUGUAAAAGAAUGAAUGUUGAGUGGCCCUGGAUGUUGUUUUCAUCCAGGACAGAUGGAGCUGAGACUUUUUGUAAUUAAUAUGUACAGUCUUUAUGCAAAAGACAAUUCAGGACUGUUAGAAAUGGAAAGAGUUUAAGUAAGUUUCAAAGAUGUCUCUGAGUGAGUUGCUGGGCAGGACCCAGAGUUUUACAGACUCAAGGACAGCUGGUCCUUCAGAUGAAACUCUAUCUGUACCCCUGGAGGGCACAGCACAGGGACAUGGGAUGUCUAUUUAAAAUAGUAAAUACUGAACAUUCAGUGUGUAUAACAACUUCUGUCUGUUGAUUUAAGUCACUGGCCCUCAUUUAUCAAACGAGCGUACAUCAGAAAGUGAGCGUAAAGUGGGCGUACGAUCAUUUCUACUCAAGGCUCGGCAGAAUAAGAAAUUGACUCUUAAAACAAGAUCAAUGAUGUAACACUUUUAAAUCUAAAGGUUUUUUUUUACCUUGGUAAGAAACAAAUAAUUGUCAGGUCACUGCUCAGGCCAGUUCAUCGCUGCUUGCAGCUUUAAUUUGUCUUGUUUUAAGAGUUAAUUUCUUAUUUUAAGCGUUCAACAUGCUUAUUUCUAGAUUUAAUAAUCUUAAUUUAAGAAAUCUUGUCAAGUGAAAUUAUCUGUCCAUGCAGCAAGAUCAUUUCCCUCAGACUUACUGUUUUUAUCUUGUUUUAAGACGCACCUUUUUUUGCAGUGUGUAAAAUAUUCACCGAACUUAUUUGAGUUUCUAACUAUAAGUACUUUUAUUUCAUAAACUGUAAUUUCUGUAAUAUGCCUAUUUCCUCCUAAUUUCCUCCUGUUGUUAUUUGUGUCAGUGCAUGUUGCUAAUAAAGCGACUUUAGGGAGCCGUAUUGCGCCCUUCGGUGUCGUAAACUUUGAAGGCGAGCCAUCUGAAUGGGGAUAUAUUAUAUAUAUAUAUAUAUAUAUAUAUAUAUAUUAGGGUGUGGUAUUUCAAUAACGCUUGUUUCGAGCCAACACAUUUAUGAAGCCGAUCAUUCUCACACUGUGAUUAGACAGAUACGACCGUUUGAUAAAUCACACGUGAACCCUGUUGUAAGACGAAAUAUACACUCAGAUCUGAGCUUGUUUCUACUCUUGUUUGAUAAAUGAGGUCCAGUGUGGUUUUUUUUGUAUUUAAAAUGUCUUUGAUCUAUGACUUAAUCACAGAAAUAAGGGACAUUAGAGCCUGACUUGUAUGGGACUUUUGAUACUGAUUUUAGAGGAGGGGAAAUCACUGAGAACCAAUAUGGCGGACUUGAAUGAAAAGACCUUUUCUAUGUGGAUGGUGCACCGAUUUUGCACCAAUAUAACUAUGCAACGGUACUUAGAAGGCUGUUUUCUUAAACAGCUACCUUUUUAAAAAGAAUACUAUUAUACACAGUCAACCAAAUUCAAGAAACUUAAAUAAAUAAAGCAUCAUAAUGGAAUAAAGAGCUAAUAUCAUUUCUUAAUCAACCCAAGCAUUGUUUUGUGCAUUUUAUGUAAUGUAAAUAAAAAGUUUUCAUAUUGGCGCAAACUGGACAUUAAAUAUGCUGAUAACGAUUAAUAUCUAUAUGCCUAUAAUAGGCCAAUAUCAGCCAAUAACUUCAGUCAACAGAUAUGUAUCGAUCAAGCUCCAAUUAUGAAUCAGGUGUCAAUUGUUCAGCUUUAAGAACAAUGUUGCAUUAAAACACUUUAUUCCAAUUAUUUCAGUUGUUGCAUAGUAAAAAAAAACUUUCAAAAGCUCAUACCAAAGAGCACCUUCUUUUUCAAAUUUUCAAAUUUUAUUUUUUUGUCAAAUAGUCCCACUUGUGUAAGGUUUUUCAAAGUACAGUAUUUGGUUCUGCAGUUACUUAAAGGCACAAUAAAUGGGAUUUUCAAACAUUUUCAAUGUAUAGACUGCAAACAUGAUCUUUCUCUGCAUCUGUAGCAAUCAGGUGCCAAAUUGUAAACUUGCAUCCCAAGGAAACCAGCAAACAUGCACCAAAAAUAACAGAUAUAGUGAGACGAAACACCCAGUGUACAAAACUCUUCCCAGAACCAGAGUUAAUGUGGGUUUGGGGCCAACAUUAAAUGUUGUGUUUUCAAACAGAAACAGACAAAUCCUCGUCAUUGUGCCUUUAAAGCCAGACCUGAGAUACUCCAGCAUGCAUGUUCAACUUCAGUAAAAUGUGCUUUUGAAAUAUUUGUUUGCAAAUGUUUGAACAAAGGUCAGAUUUUAUAUUACUGAUUGUGUUUUUAUGUGAACUUUGAGGGAUGUUUAAGUAAUAAAAUAUUUUCUGAUUCUCUUUCAUCA